UCGAAUACACAAUAAUUUUGUAGGUAAUAAUAGUAUACUUAGGCAAAUGCUAUUUAUUGCGGAAGUAAUGGCUUCCGAAAUUUUAAUUGCAGUAGUUUAUAAUAAUAUAAAUUAAAGUUAAAUGUGAUAUUACUACAAACUUUUCUUAAUCAGUGACAAUUUAUAAAAAAUACAAUGGAUUGGGUUUGAUGAAUACAUUAAUUUCCUAUUCAAACCUUUAACAUCUCAUCUCGCCAAAAGUGUACAAAGAAUGAUCCUCUGAUUUUUAUGUAUGAGAAGUGGAUGUUUUUGAAGAGAAAAUAAUACAUUCAUAUUGGUGACCACUCAGUGUUUAUAAAGUAUUAACAUACUUUAAUGUCACACAAUUCAUCUAAGAGAGGAUACUAAAAAGACAAGCAUCAGAAUGAUUUGUUUACAAUGAAAUAACACUCAUGGAAAAAUGUCGAUAUUAGGAAACACAAGCAAUCGGGAAGAAGACAGUAUGUCUGAGGAGGAUAUGAUGGAUAGUGAGGACGAAGAUGAAACAAUCGCUAGAAUACAACGCGCUCAUUUUGCGCAAGCUGCCGCUAUGAACCCUCGUCGGCGGCCGGCAGCAAAACCGAGACGCAUGAGCCAGAAGAGAAAAAUAGAAGCUGUACGAAAUUUUCACGACUUUACUAAAAAACUUAAAAAAGACACUGGUAUAAAAAUACGAAGUUUAGGUGGUGAUGAUUUAUUAGAAUUUAGUGAUUUUUCUAGUGAGGAAAACAAUACUGAUAGUGACGGUUUAUCAGAAGAAGAAUUUACUGUAGAUCCUAGUGCAGUGAAAGAGUUAAAUGAAGAAAAUGAGAGUUAUAUUGAUCCUGAGACUGGUGACUUUGUCGAGGCUAAGAUAAAGGAAGCAGAUUCAAAAAAUUCUGUGGCCUUGGAACCUCCAUCAUCGGAACAGCAGUUAGAACCUAAAACCCUUUCUAUUAGUGAUAUUAUUGAUGAAAGUGGGUUAGAUUUGUCAAAAAAUGUUGAAAUAACUGAAGUUGAAGAAAGCGACUUGUGUCCAGAAAAGUCUUCUGAAGAGUGCUUGGAUAUUAAAGAAGAUAGUAGUAGUAGCCAGAAUUUUGAUAUAACAGAAAAGUUAAAAGACAUGGGAGAAAUAAGUGUAAAACCAGUAAAUAAAACAGAGGAUGAAGAUGAUAGUAAUAAAGCUGAAGAUGAAGACGAGAAAAAGCUAAAUUCAAGUGCAUUGAAUGUUCGCCGCAAUAUUAGGGAAGUUAUGGAUGAAAAGAAUUUAGAUGCAUCAACAUUGACAGCUCAAAGGCAGGAGUCUGAGCGUUUAGCCAGAGUUCAGGAGCAACAGAGAAUCAUAAGAGAGGUACAAAGACAAAUAGCUAUAAAUAGACAAAAUAAAAUUCAUCAAAAAACCAUAUCGCUUUUACAAGGAUCAUCGUUACUAAAGAAAGGAGCUGCACAAAAACUUAAUUUACCAAAUACAGUAUUAGUGAAAUUACCUUCUGGGGAAAUAGUUAAAAAGACAACCACUAAGCAGGGCCAGUUGGAAGUGACGAAAGUACCUAAACCUACUACAUCCGCCUCAGCUUUGGCUCAGAAGUUAAAAUUGGAGCAAAAGGGAGAGAAAAAGGAGGUUGUGGAAAUAGUUGAUAGUAGCACCGGUGAGGAGUCUUCAUCCUCAUCAUCAGAUUCCGAUGAUUGUAUAAUGCUGUCGGAUUCAGAGGUUCCACCUAGCCCUGAAGCUGAAGAGGACCCUGGUAAUUCAGGGCUUCAUGUAAAUGAUGCAUACAAUAUGCCGGAUGAACAAGGAAGGGUACAAAUAAAUAUAGGACAUCCAGAAAAUGAGGAAGAUAUCUUUUUAGCUCCACAAAUUGCGAGGAUCAUUAAACCGCAUCAGAUAGGAGGUGUUCGAUUUCUCUUUGAUAACAUAAUUGAGUCAACAGAGCGGUUUUCCAAUUCAACUGGAUUUGGAUGUAUUUUGGCACAUUCAAUGGGACUCGGAAAGACCUUACAAAUUGUUUGCUUUUGUGAUAUAUUCUUGAGACAUACUAGUUCAAAAACUGUGUUGUGUAUUAUGCCUAUAAAUACUCUGCAGAAUUGGGUUGCAGAAUUUAACAUGUGGCUUCCCGUGGAUGCAGCCACCAGCCCCUUAGCGGCCCACGGCGAAGUCAGGCCAAGGAACUUCCCGAUAUAUGUAUUAAAUGAUAGUCACAAAACUCUGCAAAUGCGUGCCAAAGUAGUUAAGGAUUGGACAACAUCAGGUGGUGUCCUCAUGAUAGGAUAUGAACUCUAUAGAUUGUUAAGUAUGAAAAAAGAUAAAAAACCUCGUAAGAAAAAGAAAGCGGAUGCAAAGUUGGAGGCGGAGAAAGAGAAGGAAGAUAAGAAGAAUGAUAUCGGGAAUGAUGAUACCACUCAGGGCUCCGAUGGUACGACAAUGACUAAAACAUCAGACGAUCGUACGGAAGAUGGAGCGGAAAUAAAACUAGAACUUGAUAGAGAAGAUAAGAAGGAAGACACGUCCACUGAUGAGGAUAAGAAGCUUCUAGAUGAAAUGUACGAAGCGUUGGUGAAGCCUGGUCCGGACCUGGUUAUUUGUGACGAAGGACAUCGAAUAAAAAACUCUCACUCGAACAUUUCGUAUGCUCUCAAGCAAAUGAGGACGAAGCGGCGUAUCGUACUAACUGGCUAUCCACUCCAGAACAACCUCCUAGAGUACUGGUGUAUGGUGGAUUUCGUGCGUCCCAACUAUUUGGGUAGCAAAACGGAGUUCUGUAAUAUGUUCGAGCGGCCCAUACAAAACGGACAGUGUAUAGAUUCAACGCCGCAGGACAUUCGCCUAAUGAGAUAUAGGGCACACGUACUGCAUUCUUUGUUGGUCGGGUUCGUACAGAGACGAUCCCACGCGGUUCUCCAGUCGACUCUUCCUCAAAAGGAGGAGUACGUGCUUUUAGUACGUUUGACCCCACUGCAAAGGAAAUUGUACGAUCGCUUCAUGAAUGAAGUCGUUCGCUCGGCUUCUGUACCUAAUCCGUUGAAAGCGUUCGCUAUUUGUUGUAAGAUAUGGAAUCAUCCGGACGUGUUGUACAACUUUCUGAAGAAACGCAGCGAGGUCAGUGCGGCAAUUGAGGAGGAUUUGGACUUGGAAGAGAUCGGGGGAGUUACGAAGUCUGGGAAAGCCAAGAACAGUAAAGCUCAGCCGAAGCGACCGGGAAAACCUCGGGGUUCAUCGAAAAAACCUGCAGCGACAAUCCCCCCAAACACAACAGCGCCAGUUCCGCCUAAACAAGAAGCGGUCAAUAACACGCAGUACCCAAACGCCCCAUACGGGCCUGGGUAUAGAAACGACAGACCCGGAAACUACCCAUAUCCAUAUCAAAACUCGACUCCGGGCUAUUACCCACCCGGCCAAGGUUACAACAACCAAGAAUAUGGGAAUAAUUACUAUCCCCAACAACCGUAUGAUAAUAACUAUUCAAACCAAUUCCCACCGAAUCAAGAACAAGGAUACAACCAAAAUUACUGGGGGAACAAUUACUAUGGAAAUUCAGGGUACUACAAUAACGCCCAGUACCCAGAAGGCCAAGCCCCGCCCAAUUUCAAUGCAAGCCAACCGGGCUUUGAAAAUUCUCAACAGUAUCAAGCUAAUUAUAAUCCAGCCAAUAAUACAAUGUAUCCGGGUGCACCUAAUAAUCAAUAUCCAAAUGGUCCUAAUAACACCCCUUACACUGGUAACCCACCGGGUAAUUCAUACCCACCAAGUAAUCCUCCAAAUAACGUUCCCUUUCCACCUGUACCGAGUAAUGUACCGAACAAUCCAGCAUACCCUAAUCCAACCCCCAAUUCCUCUUAUCCUACAAAUAGCGCUCAUAAUCCCGCUCCGGCUAAUAAUACUUAUCCUCCAACUAAUCCUCCAUAUCCACCAAAUAAUCAGGAGAAUUAUCCAAAUACGCCCCGACCUCUGCCAUAUCAAGGUCAAUUUCCAAAUCCACCUUACGGCCAAUACGAGUCAAACAGUGGUCAGCCACCGUACCCAAACAGUCAAGGCCCACAAAACUACAAUUACCCACCCCAACAGUACCCAGGCAAUUCAUAUCCCGCAAACCCACCUGCGCCGUACCAAUACGACAAUCAAACUAACUAUCCCCAAAAUUAUCCGCCACGUCCGGAGAACCAACCGGCGAUUAAAGUUGAAAAUAAUGGAGAUCCAACGUUUCCGGCGAACGUGAAAACUGAGCCCAAUAAUGCACCCCAAAGUACACCGGCAUUUGGACCUUAUAAUUACAACCAAUCGAACUCAUAUGAAUCCCAAGGAGAUUAUAAUCAAUUUCCGAACUAUUCUCAGCCAUUGGAAACAAAGCCGCCUCUAUGUAGUGCCAGCUCGAGCAGUCCUGUGACGUCAUGGCCGAUUCCAGAAACUAUGAAAUCUGAAUUGGAUAGAAUAAAGAAUGAAGAUAAAAUAGAAAUGAAAUCUGAAUCCGAUGGGGAGGUGAAAAUUGAAGAUUUAGAUACAAAAACAAUUGUUAAAGAUGAAAAGAAAGAGAAGCCGGCGAUGACCGAACCGCCUAAAGUCGAUAUGAAUAAACCAGAUACGAAAAACGCAUCUGAUUCAGAAUCGGAAACGCCAAAGAAAGGCAGGGGGAGAGGAAAAGGUAAAGAAAAGAAAGAAAAAUCUCCACGUCAAUCUAAAGCUAAAGCGAAACCUAAAGGCAGAAAGGAUAGGAAGACAUCGAAAGAGAAGAAUGACGACUCAGAAUCGGAGCAGAGUGAGAAAGAAGAAAAGUUGAACAAAGAAGAAGAGAUGGCUCUUGUAAAGAAAGCAGAAGAAAUGACAUACGACUGGGCAACAGAUUUAUUAAAGGAUUACGCGGCUGGCAUAAUUGAAAACUCUUCGAAAAUGGAGUUGUUUUUCUACAUUCUGAACGAAAGUAUUAAAAUGGGAGAUCGACUUCUACUCUUUAGUCAAAGUUUGUUUACACUGAAUUUAAUCGAAGAUUUUCUUGAGAGAAAUUACAUUCCUGGAACUAAUCGUGUUUGGGAAAGGAAUACAUCCUAUUUCCGUUUGGAUGGAUCGACCCACGCUUUAGAAAGAGAGAAACUCAUAAAUGAAUUCAACGCGAAUCCUCACGUUUAUCUCUUCCUGGUGUCAACAAGGGCAGGGUCACUUGGUAUCAACCUGGUGGGAGCAAACAGAGUCAUCGUAUUCGACGCCAGUUGGAACCCUUGUCAUGAUACUCAGGCCGUUUGUCGGGUUUACAGAUACGGUCAAAAGAAGCCGUGUUUUGUUUACCGUUUCGUGAUGGACUGUUGUCUCGAGAAGAAAAUUUACGACCGUCAAAUCAACAAGCAAGGGAUGGCGGAUAGAGUGGUUGACGAAUGUAAUCCGGAUGCUGUACUCUCUAUGAAAGAGAUUACUAACCUCUGUUUCGAUAAUGAUGAAAAGGAAACGGAACCAAAGGAUCUCCAAGAGUUCAAGGACAAAUAUCUAGACGUGUUGAUGCAAGGCAUCCUGACGCUUCACAGCAAACUGCUGACGAAGGAACCCUUCCAACAUGAAUCUCUACUCGUCGAUAGGAAAGAGAAGAAGCUGUCCAGUGCCGAGAAGAGAUUGGCGCAAAGAGGGUACGAGUUAGAAAAGAAAGCGGCCCUAGCCCCAAAACCAACAACAUCCUACCGCACAGUGCGUACGGCGGAUGGUAGUUUGGUCCAGCGACCUGUCGCGUCCGUACGUCCGAUGCAACAUGGAGCAAGAUGGAUCCCAGCAGAUGUUUGGCGAAGACAGGGCAUGACUGCGCAAGAGAUGACAUUGCCGUUAGACGUGGUUAUCCCAACGAACUCAUCCGAAAAGACCAACAUUGUUUUAAAGGCUGGUCAGCGGGUGAUGGUUUUGAAAUCGCCAAAAGGGAUUUAUAUGCAGCUCGAGUCUGGAAAGAUUAUUGCGAUCAAGACAGCGCUUAAAGGACUGGGGCCAAAGGGUGAAACUAAGGAAACUCCGCUUGGGAAGAAAAUUAUGAGCAGUCGACCAUCACCUAUAAAUAUUCCAGGAUCACUUAAAAAUAAUUCCGCUAUCACAAUCACUUCUAAAUCCGGUCCUCGCUUCCAAAGAUUACAAACCAGGCCCUCGUUGAUAAGCCCAAAAAUGUCUCGAUCGUUGUUGCCAGGACAAAAAAUAGCAGAAAUCAGAAACCGUUUGGGAGAAAUGCGGUCUUAUGGCCCACGGCCAAAAUUACCCACACCGCAAAUGAGAAUGCUAAGGCCCGGCUUACCUGGCUCCCUCAGCAUCACAAAGAUUCCCAAAAAAUCUGACGAAAGACCGAGAAGCUUUGAAGAGGAGACUCAGAUUUUGGACAGCGAUGACGAUGAAGGCAGAAGUGAAUCAAGUCCCGCAUCGGAUAAAGCUGACGAUGUUAAAAGUGAGAAAAAAGAAGAGUCUAAAAAUCAAGAAGUCGCGGAGGAGGAUAAAGAUAAGACCCCAAUAGUAUUGACAACAACUGAACAAUUGCCCCCCGAAGACGUUCUGGAAACGAACAAAAACGAACCAGAAAAGCCCGGACAAGACAAUCCAAUAAACUUAGUGGGUAGAAAAGAGAGUAAGAUCAAUCUUCUGAAGAACUACAGACACAAAUCUAUUAGCAGACCGCAAACUGAAUCCAGUCUCAGCCGGUUAGAGAGAACGGCUAUCGCGUUAAACAGCGACGGAGUCCCAGAUUUCAGAAGAAACUUGGACGAUAUCACCCAAUCCUACUCCCCAGAGGAGAAGAGCGGUAGAAAGAAGAAGUCACCGCAGAAAAUUGAAUCUCAAGCGAUGUCUCACUCCGUAUCCAGUUUACUUGGAAACUCCAAGCCAAGGCCGGAGUAUAGCUCCAGCAAACCCCAAUCGAUGCCUUUGAAUAUGACGCAUAGCGGAUUGAUGACUGGCGGUUCCACCACCAGCAAUGAAUCGAGUGACUUGCAACCUUCCAACUCAGUGUCGCCGAACGAACCGUACCCAAGUGGUAGUGGACCUCAGGAAGGUUUUGGACAAUAUCCAGGUUACGGCAUGGGUUACGGCGCUUACCCCAACCCGGCGUACUACGGGGGUUAUGGGGGCUAUUAUCCCCCAUAUGCCCCACCAGCGCCAUUUCCACCACCCAACACCACGACAGACCCAUAUUUGCCCCCAAACCCACAGUGGUAGGAAUCUUCCAAUGUGUUAGUGUUAAAUAGGAAAUAUUAAAAUUAUUCAGGUAUAAAAUACUUAAGACAGUUGUGUUUGUUCGGCGCACUAUGUACCAUGUCAUAAUAUACUUAUCGGAUAAAGUGUAUAACUUAGUUUAAUACUGUCAUCAGAUGUCAAUUGUCACUCUGACGUAUGAAGUUACAAGCGCCAUCUAUUGAAGAUUUACUUCAAAUAAAAGUUCUGUAUUCAAUUUCCGGAGAUAUUGAGAACUAUACUCUGAUUUUUAAUUCCGUAGGAUUCUGACAGCUAUCAUUUUCUGACAUGUUAUAUUUGCUUGUACUCACAAGCGAAUAUAACAUUGUAUUUUUUUAAAAAGGUUUACUAAACCUGAAAUUAAUAGGCAGUGAUGCCAGCUAAAUAAUAAAAUAAACUAAUUAAAAUUAAUUCAAUAUAUUGAAAUAUUUGUUAUUUUUAUAUUGAUUUGAGUUAGUAAAUAUUAAUAUUCACCUUUUUACAGGUAAAACAUAAGAAAUACGUAGCAUUUUAUUUUAUUGACCUCAAAUAGGUCAAAUUUGCCUCUUUUUGGUGGAGAAUUUUUCAAAUAACGAAACUUACGAAAUGUCAGAAUUCUACAGAAUUAAAAAUCAGAGUAUAAUUGUUUCUAUUUAAAAUAUAUUUUUUAAAUUUUAAAACUACAGAAGCUAUACUCCUCAACUAAUUAGGAUUUCGAUUAGUUUUUGUUUGACAGUUGUUGAAGUAUGCAAAAUUGUAAUUGACAUUUAAAAAAAUCUGCUUAAAAUGUCAGUCAAUAUUGUUACGAUGACUCCUCUGCUACGAUGUGAUGAAAAGAGAAGAACGGUUUUUAAAUAAGUAAAUCACGAAAUUAUUGAUAAAGGCUUUGCAUUUUUUAAAUUACUGAUGAUGCAUUCGUCUCUUUUUAUCACAGCGUAAACACAAUUUGGGAGAAAGAGACAAAAUAGUAUUCGUAAUGUACUUCCAAAACAACAAGCAUUUUGUGCCAUGUCCCUUUCUUAAAUUCUGCCCAAUAAUAUAAUUUUUGAAAUUAAAAAUUGAAUUAUUUACUAAAAAAAACUUGAUAUAUUGGGAUAGAUUGAAGGAAGGAUUAACUUGGAAAUUGUUAACGAAACAGUGUUAGUAAAUAUUCAAAACAAUGUAAUAGGUACAUUUUCGAAUAACUCCCUGUGGGGCAUGGGCCUCACGUCGGGAAACACUGGACUUAGUAAAUAUAUAUUAAAAUAAAUAAAAUGUGAAAUUAACAGAACAAAAUCUAGUCGCAAUUUAAAAGCCGGUUUAACUGAAUUCGUGAAUUAAAUUUCUCAUCACAAGCAAAUAAAUUUUUGACGUACAUGAAUCUGGAAUUGGAGCGGUGGAGAUUAGGAAGCGUUCAAGUAUUACGUCACGCAAUAUUUUGGAGAUUCCGAUCCCCCCCCCCACAUGUAACGCGCCGUAACGUUUUUAUGUAUCCAAUAGUAAAACGUUUCAGUGACUCAUUAAAUCUAAAAGUUGCCAAUAAGGUAAAUAAUCCUCGCCCCGCAACAUAUCCUUUCCAACCCCAACAAACAGACAUCCACCCCCCCAAACUUGUUACGUACUUAUACGUACGUAUGUACAUACUUGAACGCUCCCUUACUUCUUAUUAGUAAAUUCAUAUAAGAACAAUCUAGAAAUGAUUGGUUAACUAAAUUGGAGUUGGAGGAUUGUCAUUAUUUGCACACUGGUUUAGCUGGAAUCAUUAUCGACCCUUUGUGAUUGAUAUUUUUAAUUGAGAUUAAUUUAAUAAUCAAAGCAUUUAAUCGUGACGUUGCCGUCUUAAAACGCUUCAAGAGAAAGGAAUUUUUUGAUUACCGCCUUUUGAAGUUUUUAUGUGAGGAUUUUAACAGUACUUAUUAGGUAUGAAUUUCACUGAGUACUCAGCGAACGCAGUAUUUGUGGCUAUGGAGCGAUCGUAUGUGAUAAGUUAGCGUAAGUUAAUUUAAGAAAUAUUUAUCGUUAUAGUGUCAGAACGUUCAUAUAAUAAGUCACACAGAAGCCGAUUUAAAAGCUGUUUCAGCUGAGCUUUUGUGUAUUCGGGUAUGUGCGAGUCGAGUGACCCUAAGCUUUAGGAUCAUAAUUCUUAAGAAAAGUUCUCGCUCGCGCUAAGUAGCUCAUUAUGCAGUCCUAGAACUUAUCUCAUAGAUAUUUGAUUUUUGAUGUGAUCUGUAUGCGAUUUGAAAUUUCAAAUGAAAAACAUGUAUUUCUGUUUACCUAUUUAUUGGAUUUUUUGAUACUUGUAUGUUUUGUCGCAUGUACAAUAAGGUAUGUAUGUUGUCCCGUGUACAAAUAGUGUUCGAAAGGUACGUUUAUUGCAUUUUAAUCUGUACUGUACCGGCGAUAUCGAAUAAAAAAUUCAAUGACA